UUCAAAACAGAGACUAAACAAAACUGUCAUUAAAACCAGAGAAAGAGAAUGAGUAAAAGUCAAAAAAUGUAAACAACAAGGAAAACGUUACAAGGACAUGCAAUUGAGUGACUGAGUGAUGGUGAAAAAUCAAUAACAAAGCGCAUUCUCUAACAAAAACUCUUCUAAGGUAAAAAGUAAAAAAGGACAUUCUGCUAUAACAGCUAAUAAGACAGACGAAUAUUUUAAACUAAAAACAAGGCGUUUUUUCGCACAAAUAAAUAAAAAAUUAAAAUAAAUAAUAAUUACAAAAAUAUUCAAACAUGUAAAUAAUUAAAUAAAUUACAGUAUUAACUAAACAUUAAGCCAAAACUAAAGAGAAAACAAAAAACAUGAAAAAAUACGUCCUAAUUUAAGUUCAAAUGCAUUUAAAUGUUGUUUAUAGAAAAGUUCAACUUUUUUUUUAAAUAAAAAAUAUAUAAAUUACAAUUAAAAACUAAAUGUACUUGUUGUUUAUUAAUAUAAUAAUAAAAAAAAAUUAUUAAUUUAUAUAUGAAAAAUAUAUAAUAAUCAUAAUAACAAAAAAAUGGUUAGCAAAAAUGAUGAUAACUGUUGUGACAUCAAUGUGGUCAAGGAACGCCCAGUUUUUAUACCGCCACGUAAACGUCAAACGAAUAAAAAAACAAAUGGAACACAAAAUUAUGUAGAUCAUAUUGCUAAUGUACAGAAUCGCCAAAAACUCUCACCAUCCAAUAAUGUCCUGGAAGAGGAUCUUCUAAAUACGAAACUUUUGCUGAAAAACAAACAACCACUGCCUCAAAUACCACUGAAGAAUCCCGAUGACAAAUCGAUUCGGUCACCCAAAUCAGCACAAUCGGUAGACAAUAUCUAUGUGGACGAUAAUGAGCUCAACAAUUUCGAAUCCGUAUCGCAAGGUACCAAAUCCACUAAUCGUCAUGAAUCUUCAACUGUAACACCCUCUAGCUAUUCGGAAAGUAGUCUAGAUGUUAAACUGAGCAAAUCACACGAUUGUCUUAGUAAUCGUUCGGGUUCUAAGAAACGUGUUAACAUACGCACCGAUUUGGCACAAUUGCGUAGUGCACGCAAUUCACCAGAUCAAACGAACUAUGAGGAUUUAGAGUCGGGUGAGACGAGCGUUUUAAAUACAUACGAUCAGUCUUUGGAACGUUAUCACACUAAGAAAUCAACGGAUAAUGGUAAUUAUUUAACCAUGACAGGCACCAUAAAGCGUGGCAAGAAAAAGGGUCAAAGUUUUGAUUUACAAUUGAAUAUCAGUCGUGAUGAAUUGGAAAAAAUCAAUGCGGUGGCUAUUAAAAUGGAGGCGAAAGAGAAUAAAAAGUGUUGCAAGUGUUCUUUGAGUACCGGUUUACAUAUACUACUAUGGUCUCUAAUAUGUCUACCAUUUGUUACCGUUAUAACGAGUAUUUAUUCCUUUUAUAUCGGCACCAUUACCUGGUAUAAUGUUUUCAAUUAUAUGCAUGAGGAAAAAUCAAUUUUAAUAAGACUUCUAAUGUCGCCUUUACUGGUGGCAGCCUAUCCCAUAUAUAUCAUAUGCUGUAGUCUGGGAUUGGGUAUUUAUGCAGGUUUUGUGCAAAUAAGUUUAAAAUUCUCUACCUGGUGUAAUGAAAUAGCCGAUAUGGAGAAAGGUUUUUAUGGUUGGCUUUGCUCAUUUUUACAUUUAUCCGAUUGCAGUCCCUACGAAGUGGUAAUAUUGACUGAUAUUAGAGAGGAACUAACACAACCGGCGCCACGUUUGGAAAUACAAACUUCCAAUGAGGAGUUAACUCUCUAAGGCAAGCAACCAAAUGUAUAUAGUUAACCGUCAUAAAACAAGAGUAAUCUUCGAAAAAAGGGUGAUAAAUGUGAUUUAGUUUGUUUUUAAUUUAAAAUUUAAUACUUCCGAUUCAGGCAACAGACAUAUAAAAAGUUAAAACUUGUAUAAAUGGCGGUUUCUUUUUGAUAUAUAUAGAUAUAUAGAAGAUAAAGAAGAAUAGAAGAAGAAAAGAAAACAAAAAUCAAUGUGUGAUAUAACCAGAAAUUUGAAAAAUUUAUUAUUAAAAUAUCCCGAAAAUAAGAAAAAAUUGUUAAGAAAAAAAUUUCCCUUAAGAAUCAAAGAUAAAGCAUUUCACAAAGGAUUAAAGCCGUGAUACACGAUUGUCAGAUCUUACAACGUUGUCAGUAAAAGUUUCAGAAAAUGUCUAAAGCCGCAGGUCCACACUACGCGUCUUCGCGUCAAAGCAUUAUGUGCUUUUCAUACCUACUUAGCGUUUUACGCUACAAGUUACAUGCUACGCUUUUUAAGCGUAAAAGUUUUGUUUCAUUUUUAAAAACUUCGCGUUUUUCUACAACUUUUAUUUUUAUUUUUUCAUCAUAAAACUCAAUUUAUUUUAUUCAAAUUGAUAAACAGGCAUUAAAUAAAGAAAAUAAACGUCAAAAUCAGCUGACCAUGUUCGUGCGCCGCUUGUGACGCUUAGUAGAAGGUAGAUCUAACUUUCGUCAUAUAAAUACAUUGAUUCUUCUUUUUUGACACACGCAUAGAAUGCGAGAAAGCGUAGAAUGCGUGGUGUGGACUAGGGUUUUAUAGUUGAAACGAAAAGUCGACUUUUCGACUUUUUUCAUUUAACUAAAAGUCGUCCUUUAGACUUUUCGAAAAAUACUUAUUAUAAAUAGUCGACUUUUUCGACUUAUCGAUUUUUUGACUAUUUUCGACUUUUUUCCAAUUAUUUUUGGACUUUUUUCCAGUUUUUCCGACUAUUUUAGAGUUUUUGACUUUUUUU